GUCAAAAUUUGUACCGUGAAAAUUACAGCGAAAAAAUUUCAGUUUAAUAUUUUAUUGAAAGAAAUAUUUUUAUUUAUUUCGAUAGUUUUUAUUAACUAAGUAUAUAUAAAUCAAUUGAAAAUAAAAUGGAUGAUACAACUUCACAAAAGAUGCAGAAUGGUGAUACUUCUACUGAAAUAAAAACUCCGUUUUUAAUCGGAGUUUCUGGUGGAACUGCAUCAGGAAAGUCUACAGUGUGUAAAAAAAUUAUGGAACAGCUGGGCCAAACAGAUGUUGAUAACGCACAAAGACAAGUUGUAGUAAUAAGUCAAGAUAGCUUUUAUCGAGAAUUAACUUCAGCUGAAAAACAAAAAGCUUCCAAAGGUUUGUUUAAUUUUGAUCAUCCUGAUGCUUUUAAUGAAAAUUUAAUGUUUGAAACUUUACAAACAAUUUUGGAUGGAAAGAAAGUGGAAAUUCCAGGAUAUGAUUAUAAAACCAAUUCUUUGGAUUAUGAAAAUAAACAAACUAUAUAUCCAGCUGAUGUUGUAUUAUUUGAAGGAAUAUUAGCUUUUUAUUAUCAACCAAUACGUGAUUUAUUCCAUAUGAAACUUUUUGUAGAUACUGAUUCUGAUACUCGCUUAGCACGAAGAGUUCCUAGAGAUAUCAAUGAAAGGGGCAGAGAUUUAGAUCAAGUAUUAACACAGUAUAUGACUUUUGUUAAACCAGCCUUUGAAGAAUUUUGUUCACCGACAAAAAAAUUUGCUGAUGUUAUUAUACCUAGAGGUGCAGAUAAUACUGUUGCUAUUGAUUUGAUUGUUCAUCACAUAGGAGAAAUUUUAAAACAUGGAGGUUCAUCUAUGAAUGGUCAAACAUUAUUAAAGAAGCGUGACAGAGAACAUUAAAAAAUUGUCAUCAUUCACAUAAACAAAACUAAACUUAAUUUUAUUGCAUUUUUUGUUUUUAAAUUAAAUAAAAAAAAAAAAAGAAAAACAAAUUUGUAUAUAUGUAUGCAUAUAUAUAUAAAUACAUAUAUUGCUUUUAAAUUAAAAAAAAAAAUAAGCUAAAAUUAAGUUAGAGUAUUUUUUGUCUAAAAUCCAAAGCUAGUUUUAAAGCAAAUUAGUAGUUUUUAGUAUUAAUUUAAACUUGAAAUGUUAAGAACUAAAAAGAAAAAAAUUUAAUUUAAGUUUAAUAAAUUUUAUAAAUAUUUUUAAGCACAAAAUUUUAAUAAUAUUAUUUUUGAAUAGACUAGGUACUGUUACUGAAUCUAAAAUUUUUUUUUAAUAAUACUGAUAAUAUUAACAAUGUCGGGAUCAUGAAUAUAACGCUUAGCAAAAAGCUAACAUUUAGCAUAACGCUGUGGUUAAUUAUUACUUAAAAGUUUAUUUAAUUGUGUUUAAUACAUAGAAAAAUAUGUAGUGAGAAUUAAUGUACGUCAAUGAAAUAUAUAAAAUUUAGGCUUUUCUUAAAUAUUGUUUAUUCAAUUUAUAAUUAUAAUCUCAAUUAAAUAAUUUAUUGUUAAAUUGAUUAAAUUGAUUCUGAUUUAAUUGAUGAUUGAUUAACUUGGCCAAAAAUUAAAACUUUCAAAUUACAUACCUAUUUAAAAAAUAUUUCGUAAGUAGCAAUGUGAUACUAAUGAAUCUUAGGAUAGAGGAGUCUAUUCUUUAGAGUUAAAUUAUAAUAAAUAUAAAAUAAUUAAAAAAAAUUAUAUUUGCAUUAAUUAAAAAGUAUAUUAACAUUUUAAAAGCUAUUGAUAAUUUAUUAAA